AUGGGGCAUGUGGCCCUGCCCAUCUUGCAGCAGCUAGUGAAGAAUGAGAUGGUUGCUGGCAUACGUGUGAAGGGGGAGCCCGAUGAGGUGCUUGGCUGCCCGACGUGCAUUCAAGCCAAGUUCACCCGGUUUCCGUUCCCUAGUUCGGAGGCAACGGCAAAGGCACCACUUGAUGAGGUGGUGAUGGACGUGGUGGGCCCCCUGAAGCUUGGAGCUGCUGGAGCUGAGUAUUUUCUCACCAUUGUCGACGUCUACACCCGCAUGACUUGGGUGUAUGUGCUGGCCAAGAAGAGCGACGUGGCUGAAACGUUGAAGACGGAUUGGUUCCCGAUGGUGGAGCGGCAACAAGACCGUCUAGUCAAGUCAAUCCGCACCGAUCGAGGGGGAGAGUUCCUGAGCAAGGAGUUUGGGUUGUGGCUGAAGAAGAAUGGUAUUCGGCACUCCCUCACCAUGCCAUACUCCCCUGCAAUGAACGGCAUCGCCGAGCGAGCGAACCGCACAAUCACGGAGGCGGCGCGUGGGUUGCUCAUUGAAGCCGGACUACCCGACUAUUUCUGGCCUGAUGCGGUGCGGAGUGCGUAUGUGGCCAAGAACAGAGCUUUGACUCAUGUGGGAGCAGAAAAAUGGGUGCCCUAUGUGGAGUGGAUUGGAAGGAAGCCAAAGGUGGAUAUGCUUCGGGUGUUCGGGUGCAUGUGCAUGGCGCUCGUGCCUAAGCAUCUUCGGCACAACAAGCUCGGUGCCAAGGCGAUAUGGGCUGUGCACUUGGGCAUGGCUCAAAACAGCAAGGGGUGGCUUCUUUGGGACCCAUUCACCAAGAAAUUCUUGGUGAGAAGGGACUGUAAAUUCAUGGAGAAUCUGAUGUACAAGGAUUGGAAGGCGGAGAAUGAGGCGAAGAUAGGCAUGCGGUUUGGGGAGGUGAAGAGUUCCGGUUUGGAGCAUGUGGAGCUGCCCUUGGAGCUGAGCAGCGGCAGCACCACCACAAGGCAAUCUUCCCUUGUGAAUUGGGGAGAGGAGGCCAAGGAUGCAGAGGAAGAAGAGGAGGAGGUGCAGCAAGUGAGCGAGCGUGCACCGACACUUCCUUCUCGCACUACGAGUGCUCCACGGAUCCGAGUCACCCCGCAGCAACGCCAAGGCCUUCAUGUCCCUGCAGCUGAGGAGGAAGGAAGGGGCAAGAGGAGAAUCCAAGCCCCUAAUAGGCUGACCUAUGAUGCAUUGGGAAAGCCAGCCAAGUCAGCUCUGGUCGGAGCGGCACUUAUAGUUGGAGAUGACAAGGAGAGUGACUACGAGGAGUGUGCCUUUGCGUUCUUCUUUCCGGUGGAGAUGCCGGGGGAACCAGCAACUCUCAAGGAGGCCUUGGAGAGUAGUGAUGCUGAGGAGUGGAAGAAGGCAAUGGAGAGUGAGCUGAAGAGCAUUGAGGAGAACGGCACGUGGGAAUUGGUGGAGCUACCGGAGGGGCGUAAGGCGAUUACGUCCAAGUGGCUCUUCAAGAUUAAGUCCGACGCCGACGGCAAGAUCGAGCGCUACAAGUCUAGGCUUGUGGCGAAGGGGUACCAGCAGAAGGAGAAGGUGGACUAUAAGGAGUUGUUUGCUCCUGUGGUGAAGCCGACGACGCUGAGAACCCUACUCGCGGGAGCUGCCAUCAAAGGAUGGGUGGUGAAACAAAUGGAUGUCACAACGGCAUUCCUCAACGGCGUCCUUGAGGAAGAGAUUUUUAUGGCGCAGCCAGAGGGGUUUGAUGAUGGUAGUGGCAGAGUUCUGAGGCUGAAGAAGGCCCUUUAUGGACUGAAGCAGGCCCCUAGGCAGUGGUACUUGAAGCUGCGAGGAGUGUUGGAGAAGAUAGGCUUCACUCCUUCAUCCGCCGAUCAUUCCUUCUUCUACCUUGGGCUCCACAUCGAACGAGAUGUGGAGAAGCGGUGCAUGCGGGUGCAUCAACGAAAGUACCUGGAGGCAUUGGCUGCCAACUUUGGGCAGAGUGAAGGCCAUGUGGCUACACCCUUUCCCUCUGGGUUCAAGUGUGUGAAGGGACCAGAGGAGGAGAGCGUUGGUGAAGAGGAGAGGCGCCGUUUUCACUCGUUGGUGGGCAGCCUCAUGUACGCGGCGGUAAACACCCGACCGGACGUCGCGUUUGCUACCGGAAAGUUGGCUAGGGUUGUUCAAUGCCCUAACGUGGAGCAGGUAGCAGCUGGAAUGAGGGUGGCCAAGUAUCUUGGCCAAACACCGACCGUUGGGCUGCAAUAUUCGGCGGCGGCUCAAAGGCGCCAAAAGGGCGCGGAUGGUGUUGAACCCGGGCGUUUGUUCCUCACCGCAUUCUCGGAUGCUUCUUUUGCAUCAGAACCAGAGUACAUGACAAGUGUUGGAGGGUUCAUUUGCUGUGUUGGUGGAGGCCCAACUGCUUGGGAGAGCAAGAAGCAGGUGGAUCAAGCAUUGAGCUCGGUGGAGUCCGAGUACAUGGCACUCUUCCGUGCCGUACGGGAGAUUGUAUGGCAUCGGCGUUUGUUGGAUGAAUUGGGGGAGGAGCAGCAAGGACCUACCCCACUCUACUAUGACAGACAGGGUGUCAUUUCUCUUGCUAAGAACCCUGUGUUGCAUGGCCUCACCAAGCACAUGAGGGUGAAGUGGCAUUGGACGAGGAGCAUGGUGGCCGCGGGUGAAGUUGAGUUGCACUACGUGAAGACGACAAGGCAGCCAGCUGACAUGAUGACCAAGAGGCUGGUGGAGCAGCAGCAUUGGAAGUGUUGCAAGCUGGCUGGGAUGGCUCUGAACUGA